GCUGUCUGUAUAUUCUACCUAGUCCUCCGUGCCCUGGACACUAUAGAGGAUGACAUGACCAUCAGCUUAGAUGUAAAGGUCCCGAUGCUGCACGAGUUUCACUCCUAUCUCUAUCAACCGGAGUGGAAAUACAUGGAGAGCAAGGAGAAGGACCGGCAGGUGCUCGAGGACUUCCCAACGAUCUCCAUGGAGUUCAGGAACCUGUCAAAGGUCUACCAGGAUGUGAUUUCGGAUAUCUGCCACAAGAUGGGUGUCGGUAUGGCAGAGUUCUUGGAGAAGAAGGUGGACUCUCAGCAUGAGUGGGAUAAGUAUUGUCACUACGUUGCUGGGCUGGUGGGGAUCGGCCUUUCACGUCUCUUCUCUGCAUCAGAGCUAGAAGAUCCUAUUGUCGGGCAGGACACAGAGCUGGCGAACUCCAUGGGCCUCUUCCUGCAGAAAACUAACAUCAUCCGUGACUACCUGGAGGACCAGCUGGAGGGAAGGGAGUUCUGGCCCAGAGAGGUUUGGAGCAGAUACGCAAAGAAGCUCUCGGAUCUUGCCAAACCAGAGAACAUUGAUAUGGCUGUCCAGUGUCUGAAUGAGCUCAUCACCAACGCCCUCCACCAUGUCCCUGAUGUCCUCACGUACUUAUCCCGCCUGAAAAACCAAAGUGUCUUCAACUUCUGUGCUAUCCCCCAGGUGAUGGCUAUUGCCACAUUGUCUGCCUGCUAUAACAACAAGCAGGUGUUCAGGGGUGUAGUGAAGAUCCGGAAGGGACAAGCCGUCACUCUUAUGAUGGAUGCCACAAACAUACAAGCUGUCAAAGCCAUCAUGUACCAGUAUGUGGAAGAGAUCUACCAGAAGAUCCCAAGCACAGACCCAUCAUGCAACAAGACCCAGCAGAUCAUCGCCUCCAUCCGUGCCAUGAGCUUGCCCAGCGGCCCCGUGGUAUCGCGGCACCACUACUCCCCCAUCUACCUGUCCUGCGCCAUGCUCCUGGCCGCCCUGAGCUGGCAGUACCUCAGCACCAUCUCCAAGGCCACCGAGGAGUACGUCCAGGCGGGCGAGAACUGAUGGGCGGUGGGGGGGCGGGGGGAAAGACAGUUGGCAGAUGGGCAGCGCAGGCAGGAGGUCCUCGUCCCCUG